AUGUCAAGUAGUAUCGAGCUCAUCAAUCCCCGUGCGGAGAGUAUAAGGAGGACUCAAGCAUUACAAGUGAACACUGCAGGUGCAGUGGGUCUUGCAAAUGUAGUCAAAUCAAAUCUUGGUCCCAGAGGUACUAUCAAGAUGCUUGUCGACGGAUCUGGUCAGAUCAAAAUGACAAAAGAUGGAAAAGUGCUAUUAUCCGAAAUGCAAAUUCAAAACCCAACAGCAGCGAUGAUUGCCCGAACAGCCGUUGCUCAAGAUGAACAAGUUGGAGAUGGAACUACAUCAGUCGUUUUACUCGUUGGUGAAUUAUUGAAACAAGCAGAUAGAUAUAUCCAAGAAGGUGUACAUCCUCGUGUAUUAGGUGAAGGAUUUGACAUGGCCAAGAAGGAGGCUUUGAAGUUCCUUGAUUCAUUCAAACAAACACCUACGUUAGAUCGAUCAAACCUCAUCUCGGUCGCACACACUUCAUUAGCCACUAAAUUACAUUCAAGACUAGCCACUAAAUUAGCUUCUGAUGUAGUCGACGCUGUGCUGGCUAUUCAACCUCCAAAAGAAUCAGAUGGGUCAAGAGAUCCAAUCGAUCUCCAUAUGAUCGAAGUCAUGAAAAUGCAACAUAAAACAGAUACAGAUACCACUUUGAUUAGAGGUUUGGUAAUGGAUCAUGGUGCAAGACACCCUGAUAUGCCUAAGAGAGUUGAAAAUGCUUAUAUUUUAAGUAUGAACGUUUCGUUGGAAUAUGAAAAAACCGAGGUCAACUCCGGUUUCUUCUACUCUUCAGCAGAUCAAAGAGAGAAAUUAGUAGAAUCCGAAAGAAGAUUUGUAGAUUCAAAAUUGAAGAAAAUCGUAGAAUUCAAAAAUGCCGUUUGUGACGUAGCUGUUGGAUCAGAUGAAAAACCUAAGAAUUUCGUACUCAUCAAUCAAAAAGGUAUCGACCCAAUGUCAUUAGAUGUUUUGGCUAAGAAUGGUAUUUUCGCUUUGAGACGUGCAAAGAGAAGGAACAUGGAGAGAUUACAAUUCGCUUGUGGUGGUAUCGCCCAAAAUUCGAUUGAAGACCUCACUCCCGACGUUCUCGGUUGGGCUGGAUUAGUCUAUGAACAUACCUUAGGAGAAGAGAAGUACACUUUCGUUGAGGACGUCAAAGAACCCAAGAGUGUUACCAUGCUUGUCAAAGGCCCUAACGCACAUACGAUGACCCAAAUCCAAGAUGCCCUUCGAGAUGGAUUCCGAUCAGUUAAGAAUGCCAUUGAAGACAAUUCCUUGAUUCCAGGUGCAGGAGCAUUUGAAAUUGCUUGUUCAGCGCACCUACAAACUGCACUCAAAGCGACUGCAAAAGGAAGAACAAAGUUAGGUGUAUUGGCAUUCGCGGAAGCCAUGUUGGUCAUACCUAAAACAUUAGCAUCAAAUGGUGGAUUCGAUGUACAAGAUUCGAUCGUCAGUUUACAACAGGAACAAGAUGAAACGGAUGACCCUGUCGGUCUCGAUUUGAAGUCUGGUGAACCUAUGAACCCUGUUUUGGAAGGUAUUUGGGAUAAUUAUAGAGUCAAAAGACAAAUGUUACAUGGAGCCGCUACUAUCGCAGUCAAUCUUUUGAACGUAGAUGAGGUUCUUAGAGCAGGUAGAUCAUCAUUGAAACCUGAAGGUCCUGGUCCAUGA